GCACUUAUGUAGUUUUUAUUUGAUUUGUAUUAAUGAUCACUUUAUGAAAUUGUUUGGCACUAAUGAUUUGUAUGGGCAUAAAAGCCCUCAUAGGUUUGUGUAUCACUAUGCUUGAAAAAGGCUCCAGGAGGAGCUGAAACGUUGUAAUGCUGACAUGAGACAUUAAAUCACUUAUUUUGUUGGAGUGCUGCGCCUGUAUCUGGUUUUUAUCUUGGAUGGACUCUGAUCAAGUCCUUUGGGACGCUGGCACCAAUUUUUUGGUUGGACUGGAUAAGUAGUGCUGCUUUAUUUUGGGAUUAUAAUUGUGAUUCGAUUGCUGGCACACUGAAAUAAUGGAAAACUUAAAUAGAAGUAUUGGUUCUCAUGUUUCUUCAUAUGCUGAGGAAGAGGUCAAUAGAAUAUUGGGAGGCCUUAAAGGGGAUGCCACCUUUCUAGCUACACCUACUACCAUUGAUGUUAAGAGAAGCUUUGAGUAUGAGUCUAAACGGUUAAUCAACAUGGAAUUGCACCUUACUACUUUGGGGGAAUACUAUAGAAGUAAACGUAUCCCUAGAGGAAUGAGAUCAAGGUUACGGCCCUCGGUAUAUACAGAGAGUGUGGACUUUAAAAGGAGGUUUGAAGAGAUUUCGGAUAGAUAUGCUCUUGAUAUCAUCCUUUUGAAUCUGGAUCAUUUACAAAGUGAAUUGACUGCUGUACAAGCAAGAGUUUUGGAUUUAGAACAGAGUCUGUCUAAGAUGUUGUCUGGAGAUGAAUUUUCUGCAUAUAUGGAUAGCAACAGGGAACGCUUGGAUAAAUUCAGAAACGAAGUUAUGGAUACAAAGAAAAGAAAAUGGUAUAGAGAUCAGAUGGACUAUACUAAAGGGAGAGUGUACACAUGGAACCAACAAUGGCUUAAUAAUGUGGAUAAUCAAUUUUCUUCUCCCCGACGGGGCAAAUCUAACAAAUCACUUCCAAGAAAUGUAACUAACAAUUCUGCUCCUUCCAAAGAUUUUUUAGUAGCAGGACCAUCAGUGAACAAUUCUACAAGAAACCCACCAGAAGAGGUGGUCGAAAAAGACAUCGGUCAAGGAAAAACCCGAAGACAGAAGCAAGGGAAACUGACACCUGCCCUAUUUCAGGACAACAAGAGAAAGACUUAAAAGACACAGAGACUGUGAAUUGGAUAUUUGAAGGAGGAGACUUCACCUGCUCCAACAUUGCAAAAAUGAACAGUUUUGGAAUGUACUAUCUAUAUGUUUGAAGAAUUUCCAUCUAUGCUUUGUUGAACUGAAUAAAUGCUGUAUGAGUGCAGUAGUGGUGUAGUAGUAUCUGUACUGGGAA